GGGUGCGCUAGGGCAGACAUGAGGAGGUGGGGGCCACAUUAGGCAAGAAGAGGAUCUGGAGACUGCUGGGGGAGAGGAAGACACAGAGUUGGGGGAGGGGUUGGGGGCUCAAUGUGUGGGCAAGGAGGUGCCUUCUCCAGGGGCCCUUGUGGGGGAGGGGCGGAAGUGUUUUGUUGGGGUGGGAGGUACAAUGUGAGCGGGCGAGGUGCUGUGUGAUGUGGAGGAUUGGAAGCGAUACUUGAAGGGGCGGAUCUGAAGGCGCUUUAGGGGAAGAGGGUGCUGUGUGAUGGAGCAGGGCUGGUGGUCCAGAGUGUGGGAGGGACCGAGGGACUGUGUGGAGAAAGAAGGGAUGGGCCUUUGGGCACUGUGUGAGGGAAGGGGAUUGUAGGCCCCAGGUGAGGCGGGAAGAAUCCCUAGUGCUUUGAGAUAGUCUAGGGCCAUUGUGGAGACUCCAGGAAUAUGUUUGUGUACUGUGUUCUAGGUGUAAGUGUGAUGGAAUUCACGGGGUGAAGAAGCCAGUCUGUAGUGCUCCUGGCUCCUGAGGUCCUAACUCCACCUUCAGGCCUGAGCACUCUUAGAGAGGAUCCAGGCCCUGCUUGCCACAAGGGCUUGUGUGACUGUCAGUCUGCUUUGCAUCUGUCUGGCUGAGACUAGGGUUUCUUUCCUCAGCUGAUGUCUCUGGGGACCCUUUCCCCAUUGGGUUCCUGUUAACCCCCUACUCUAGUUCCUGUUCCUCCCAGAAGCCUGCCAUGGUCCCUGUCUUCCCCCUCCCCCACUUUGCCCUGCCCUUAUGCUCUGGGUGUGCUCAUUUCCCACUUCCUUCCUCACCCUGGGGCCUGGCCUGGUCCUUGCCUGUCUGGGAGCUGUGCCUUGCCUGGGACUUUGUACUCAUUGGCCAGAGACCCUGGUAACCAGCAGCAAAGCCCAGACCCCACCCAUAGUACUAAGAGGGUCUCUCCCAACAGCCCCCUAAGUGGCUGGUAGGCACAAUUUUACCACUUGCCACAAACUUAUUUUCCUCACCCUUUUCCUUCUCCUGGGUGGGGAACCCUAGGUACCUCAAAAAUUCUGGCCUUCAACGGAAAGGGAAAAUGGUGGGAACUAUUGAGGGUCUUUAAUGUAUGUUUUGAGAGGUGCACCACUAUUGUAGGCUGAACUCGGGAAGGAAUGUGAGGUUCCAGCCUCAGCUGGGGGAGGACGAGGGAAUGGCUCCCCAUGCUCCUGGCUUGGAAGCUGACUGCCAGCACUGAGAGUAGGGCCUAGUCCUCCUGGAGGCUCCUCUGGUUCCCUGAGGGGACUUGAUGUAUGCCAGGGUUCUUUUUGCCCCUGGGCUGGCUGGGAGAUGUGAGAAAGGACUGCCUUCCAUGCAGUGGCUGAAUGAGUGUGACAGUGCUGCUGAAGGGGGCCCCAAGCCAGCCUUCUCUAGCUGAGAGACUGGCUGGGGAGGGAGGGGGUGCUGAGGCCAGACAAAGGGUGGGGUAAGAGAGAGCAGGCUGAAGGCUUUUGAGGAGGAGCUGAUUGCUAUGGCAACACAGCUUCCCAGACUGUCUCUCAGAGAGGCGGGCCUAGGGCAGACUCACUCCAGCUUCCUCAGGGCUGAGGCAUUUGUGUGAGUGGGUGGGGCAUGAAGAGAAAGGACAUCAGUGUGCUGUGCUGUGCUGAGGCUGGGGUAUGUAGCCUUUCUUCUUCAGUAUGGAGCAGCAAGGCAUUCAGACGCUUGGAUCCAUCUUCUCAAAAUGGGUCCAGCUGAGCCCAGGAGCUGCACGGAAUGGUGGCAGUCACCUUGCCAGUGCAGUGGGUAUGGACCAGACUGCAUGCUAGGAGAGGAAGUCAUCAGUCAGGAAGAGGGAACACACAGCUGGGCUUAAGGCCUCUUCAUCGGGAUGUCCCCAGGCCCCCCAGCCCAGGCCCAUCAUAAAGGCUGUGGGGGGGGACCCCCCUGACCCAAGGGGGGCUUCAUGCGCCACGUGCAGGCGGAGCUGUCUCCAUCCUCAGAGCCAGAGGCUGGUCCUUCGCAGCCUGCAGUCAGGCAGGGGGCCCUCCAGGGUGGCUUGCUCAUGGGCUACAGCCCAGCAGGGGGGGCAACAUCCCCCGGGGUCUACCAGGUAUCCAUCUUUUCCUCUCCAGCUGGUGCCUCUGAGCCUCAUAGGGCCCUGAAACGGCCGGCCCCGCCCACUGAGGGUCCCCGGGAGCUGAAGAGAGGCCCUGGGCUGGGGGCCAGAGAGGGAUUACCCCCUGAAGAACCAUAUACCAGGGGACUAUUGGGCCCAGAGGGACUGGGGCUGGGACUGGGUGUGGCCAGCCAGCAUUUCUGCCAUCAUGGCCUCUGUGUUGUGGAACAGGGAGGUAGCUCCACCUCACCUUGGACUUCAGGGGCCCGGAGUCCCUGCUGGCACCCAUCAAAUGCUUCCUGCAAUACUUUGCACACCAGAGACUGGGCUUCCCCAGAUCCAGGGGGACAGGUGUCCCUGGGGGAGUCCCCAGGGCCAGCCCCUCCGGGCCAGCUGCUCACACUUGACACUGAUUUGCACAGUCUUGCACAAAUAGGGGAUAAGAGCCCAGUGGCUGGGGUGGGCAAUGGGGGCAGCCCCUGGCCUAGGGAGUCCCCUGGCACUGCCAAUGGGCACAGUCCCGAGCACACACCCCCUGGCCCUGGACCUCCAGGCCUCUGUCCCACCAAGCGAAGGCUGCUUCCUGCUGAAGAAGCCCUGGAUGUCAGCUCUGAGGAUGAGGGGCCAGCCCCUCGGAGGCGCCGGGGAACCCUGGGCCACCCUCCUGCUGCCAACAGUUCUGAUGCCAAAGCCACACCCUUCUGGAGCCACCUGCUGCCUGGACCCAAGGAGCCUGUGCUGGACCCAACAGACUGCAGUCCCACGGGGCGGAGGCUGAAAGGUGCCUGUCGCCUGAAGCUGAGCUCCCUUCGAAGCCUCCGGAAGGGGCCAGGCUUGCUGAGCCCCCCCAGUGCCUCCCCUGUUCCUACCCCUGCCGUCAGCCGUACUCUGUUGGGCAACUUUGAGGAAUCAUUGCUGCAAGGACGCUUUGCACCAUCUGGCCACAUCGAGGGCUUCACGGCAGAGAUUGGAGCUAGUGGAUCCUACUGCCCCCGGCAUGUCACGCUGCCUGUCACUGUCACCUUCUUUAAUGUUUCUGAGCAAAAUGCCCCGGCCCCCUUCCUGGGUGUCGUGGACCUGCUCCCCCUGGGGAGGAAGGGUUACAGCGUGCCCAAGGUGGGCACCAUCCAAGUGACCUUAUUUAACCCCAACCAGACUGUGGUGAAGAUGUUCCUUGUGACCUUUGACUUCUCGGACAUGCCUGCUGGCCAUGUGACCUUCCUGCGCCAUCGCCUCUUUUUGGUGCCUGUGGGUGAGGAGGGAAAUGCUAGCCCCACCCGCCGCCUCCUCUGCUACUUGCUGCACCUCAGGUUCCGGAGCUCCCGCUCAGGCCGCUUAAGCCUGCAUGGAGACAUCCGCCUGCUUUUUUCCCGCCGGAGCCUGGAACUGGACACAGGGCUCCCCUACGAACUACAGGCUGUGACCGAGGCCCCUCACAAUCCACGUUAUUCACCUUUGCCAUGACUGUCAGUGCCCUGAACCCAUGUGGGCCAAGCACCUGCCCAUCCUACCCCAUCUUGGACAGAGCAAACAUGCGGAGAGGUGGCGAGAGACCCUCCAGGCUUGAAUUAAACCACUCGCCAUGCUCAUGCCCAAACUGAUUAUUUGGGCGUUUAAAGCUUCUGAUCCUUACCACACGCUGCCCUACUCUGGGUACUCCAUGUGCCUGCCCCCUCCCUUGAAUUUCCCAGGCCAGCUUAGGUAGCGGGCAGGAACUGGAGCUACCCUGAGGUUGUCCCAAGUUCCUAGGCAAGUUGUGCCAGCAUUGCCUUCCUGUCCUGGGCAGGGGCCACUUAUUAUUUUAUUUAUUUUUAAUUUAUAAUUUAUUCAAAUUGGAUUGCCUUGGUAACCUCCCAAACAUGAUAAUUGGCAUUGCCCCUCCUCCUUUCUCACUCUCAGAUAUUGCUCCAACCUCAGGAGUUGAAAAGGCUGAUGUAGGGGCUGGGGGAGAACUGCUCUCCCUCAGCUGAGGGCAGAAGGACUGAGUCACUAGCCAAAGACUCAGCUUCCUUUGUCCUUCCCUAUUCCUUUCACUUCACUUACUCUCUGACCCCUCUCUGAAAGCCAACUUAUAUGUAUGUGUGUGUGUGUGCAUGUGUGCACGUGCUUGUGUGUGUGUGGUAUGUGCGUGAGAAAGAGGGCGUGCAUGCAUGCGCAUACAUGGGGGUUAACCACCCCUCAUCUAGGGCUCCAGACUCCGGUUGUCCCUCUCCUCCUGCCUGUGUUUCCUUGCUUUGGGGUCCUGACUGAGGAAGGUGUUCAGGGGGCAGAGUCAGGGCCAAGGACUGGGGUGCCUCCUUUCACCUGGCCAGACUCUGACCCACCUACCUCAGCUGGGGUGAGGGGCACCCCUCAAACUCAGUCAUGUGGUUCUCAACUACCCCAUUCCCCACUCCAGACUCUGACCCAGCCUUAGCCCUGACUCGUGGCGCUGGGCUAAGGGGAACAAGCAUUUGCUGAAACUUGAAAAAAAAAAAAAAAAAAAAAAAAAA